AUAGGCGCACAGGCAAACAGUGCGGAGGAGACACACACACACACACACAGAGGCAGAGGAGCAGCGCUGCACCACUUUUAUUUACAAUAAAAGCUACAUGUCAGGCUCUGCUGUUGCGCAUCGCUCUGACUCACACUGACAGCCGGGAGACUACAGAUACUAUAGGAGGAACUGGGGAGAAAAAGUGCGAAUUAUCUGUAAAUCCAACUGGAGGUGUGGGAUUAUGUAUUCUGAUGAUGCCGAGGAGCCAAUUUCUGCUUCAGAUUUACAUCCAGAACAAGUCUGAAGUCAGAGGAUGACAGCUGCCAGUCCAGCCUGCAGCCCUUCCUCCUCCUCCUCCUCACGCUCCUCACCUGUUUGCCUCCCAGCAUGCCACAAACACCUGAGGAAAGGCGAAGCCCUCCGGACCAAACUGCGCCUGGGCUCUGCUCCAGGUGUUUGGCUUCUGCUGGGAGCCCUGGUGGUGCUGGUGGGAAUGAGCGUGGCGGUGGCGGGCUAUGUGUCGGCGGGACCGAAGCCGACGGGCAGACGGGGCAGCACCCAUGUCGAGAGGAUGAAGCUGGCUGGUCCUGUGGUCAUGGGGGUGGGCCUCUUCAUCUUCAUCUGCGCCGCCACACUGCUGUACGAGAACCGGGACCGUGAGAGCCUCACGCGGGACACGCCUGACGACUUGGAGGACCUGAAAGGAGGGAGCUGCUGGGAGGAUUCGCAAGAUCUGGAAGGGGAGCAGACGUCCUGGGCCACUCCGGUUCACAUACUCCCCCUCGCUAGCCAGAGCCCACCAUCACCACUUCCUCCUCCUCCUCCAUCUCCUCCUCACUCCAACAGACACAGCAUCAGUACCAAAGCGUCACUGCCACCUCCUCCUGACGCAGGAGGCGCAAACAGAGAGGAGGACGACAGAAAGGAAGAGGAGAAGGGAAAGUCUAUCCUGCUGACCCGUGUUCUGCACCACCAGGAGCCCACUCCUCACCCGCCCUCGCCCUGCCUGUCCAUCUCUGGUGGCUCAGACCGCUCAGACUCGAGCGAGGUCAACUUUAAUGUACGGACAGACUCUGAGCUGCCUCAGCACUGACCUACCAACUUCAAAAAACAAGCACAGAGACUAUGCAUUCUUCAAUAAAGAAGAUAAAAUAUGUUUA